AUGAGAUUGCUAAUUUUAUUCGGAAUUCUCAUUCCUUCUUUUAUUAGUGGUGAGGCCAUCAAACAAUGUUUAUGUCAACCAUACGAAAAGUGUCUCAUGAAAAGAGGAGCUGGAAGUGAACCAGUUGAUAAAUGUUUCACGAAAUGUGAGAAAAUCUUUCCCACUUGUAAAUUCGUUUCUUGCAUGAAGCAAUUCAUUCCUGAUUUCAAUCGAAUCAAGCAGUGUUCAUAUGCAAGUAUGUAUGGAUUUAGAGGAUGUACAUCUCAGAAAAUGAAUGUUUUGAGUAGGCGGAGUAUGGAAGAAUUCCGAGAUAUUAUGAUAUCUACGAUAGAAGACAAAAUUGGAGAUUUCGACGAAACACGCCAAUUUAUGAAUAAAAAAGCAGCUCGUCAAGCGGAAUGUGUUUUCGAAUGUUUGUAUCCUGGAAGAAAUCACUGUACAAGGAAACUGAAGUGUGACGUUUAUCUGCCUCCAGAGGAUGAGUUCUUCAAAAGUUUCUACUCGUGUGCCGAGGAAAAACAAUUAUUUAGUAAAUCUGAGCAGAUGUAUGCUUGCAUUUCAAAUCUCUUUGUGACAACUGGGAAGGAAGAGCCCUGGAGAGCUUCAUGA